AAAAAAAUUAAUAAAUCAAUAAUCGAAAUUUUCUUACAGAGUCACCUCCAUUCAACUUUCACUCACAUGAGCUCAGUGUCCACGUCAUCAUCGAUUGCUCCGAACAGUGAAAUCGUGAACAGUAAUCCAACUGUAGAGGAAGCCACAGCAGUAGCUGAGAAGCUCAGAGACAUGGCUCUAGUUCCCAAUCCCGCCGUCACCGAGCCCCCUUUGUUUGCCGAGGUGGACAUGGGAGCCGACGCCUCCGCCCCCACCGUCCGCGCCACCGUCGUUCAGGCCGCCACCGUCUUCUACGACACCCCCGCCACCCUUGAUAAGGCUGAAAGGCUGCUGGCCGAGGCAGCCUCGUAUGGCUCUCAGCUAGUUGUGUUUCCUGAAGCAUUCAUCGGUGGCUAUCCACGUGGAUCAACUUUUGGUGUUUCGAUUGGCAACCGUACAGCCAAGGGCAAGGAGGAGUUUCGCAAGUAUCACGCUGCUGCUAUCGAUGUUCCUGGUCCUGAAGUCGAGCGUUUGGCUGCGAUGGCUGCGAAAUAUAAGGUUCAUUUGGUGAUGGGGGUUAUCGAGAGAGAUGGAUACACCUUAUACUGCACUGUUCUUUUUUUCGACCCUCAAGGCCAUUUCCUCGGAAAGCAUAGGAAGGUCAUGCCUACUGCUCUCGAGCGCAUAAUCUGGGGUUUUGGGGAUGGCUCGACCAUCCCUGUCUUCGACACACCUGUUGGGAAAAUCGGGGCUGCAAUUUGUUGGGAAAACAGAAUGCCACUUUUAAGGACAGCUAUGUAUGCUAAAGGUGUUGAAAUAUAUUGUGCUCCUACGGCUGAUUCAAGAGACGUAUGGCAAGCUUCGAUGACCCACAUUGCCCUCGAAGGAGGGUGCUUCGUGCUCUCUGCCAACCAGUUCUGCAGAAGAAAGGAUUAUCCGCCUCCGCCCGAUUAUGUUUUCUCCGGUACAGAGGAAGAUCUCAUUCCGGAAUCUGUUGUCUGUGCUGGCGGAAGUGUCAUAAUCUCUCCUUCGGGCGCUGUGCUGGCAGGGCCGAACUAUGAUGGGGAAGCACUCAUAUCCGCGGAUUUAGAUCUUGGUGAGGUGGCCCGGGCAAAGUUCGACUUUGAUGUGGUCGGGCACUACGCCCGCCCUGAAAUCCUCAGCCUGGUCGUGAAGGACCACCCCAUGGCCCCCGUCUCCUUCGCCUCAGCAUCCGAAAACCCCCACAGGCGACCCGACCUUCCCUAGUACUCGUCCCCAUCACUGAGGCGUCCGCAGGUUCAUUCACCAACGCCUUCUAGGUCGAGUCAAUGGUCACUCUCCCAAAUAAUUCUCUCCAUUAUUGUAUAUUUCCAUAGAUUUGGCCAACAUUCUUGUCUCAAUUCUUACAAUGUAGACUCUCUCACACAUUGAAUGGGGUUCAAAGAACCUAGUUGGCAUGCCA